CCUGACCUUCCCCCCAUGAAGCAUCCGACACUUCAGCGGGACCGACGCUCGGCCGGCACCUCCUCCUGCCCUGGGCGGGCGGAUGAGGGAAGGCCCGCCCCGCGGGCGGUGCCUGUGGGACGGUGGCGGCGAUGGCGGCGGUGGCCCCGGGCCGGGCCGGGCGGGCGACGGAGGCGCUGUAGCGGGCGGGCGGGCGGCGGGGCGCGGCUCGGCAUGGCCCGCGCCCUGCUGCUACCGGGGCCGCCGCUCCUGCUGCUCCUGCUGGUGGCGGGCUGUGCCCUGCGGCCGGCGCGGGGCCAGGAGGCGCCGCAGACCCCCGACUGGAGGAUGACGCUGAAGACCAUCCGCAACGGGGUGCACAAGAUCGACGUGUACCUCAACGCGGCCCUCGACCUGCUGGGCGGCGAGGACGGGCUCUGCCAGUACAAGUGCAGCGACGGAUCAAGGCCCGUUCCUCGCUAUGGAUAUAAACCAUCACCACCAAAUGGCUGUGGAUCCCCUCUAUUUGGAGUUCAGUUUGACAUUGGUAUCCCUUCGAUGACAAAGUGCUGCAAUCAACACGACAGAUGCUAUGACACUUGUGGCAAUAAAAAAAAUGAUUGUGAUGAGCAGUUUCAGUCCUGCCUCUCAAAAAUUUGCAGAAACGUGCAGAAAACACUUGGAAUCUCAGAGAGUGUCCAGGCUUGUGAAUCAACUGUUCAGCUGUUGUUUGAUGCAGUUAUACAUUUAGGAUGUAAACCAUACCUGGACAGCCAGAGAGCUGCAUGUAUGUGUCAUUAUGAGGAUAAGACAGAUCUCUGAAAGAAGAUACUGAGUUCUCGUGGUGUACAAUGAAGAUUCAGCUGAACUGAAGCAAGUCUCUGGUUACAAAGCUUUAUGAUUUUCAGAUAGUAAUAUAUUAAACACUGACAUGAAUAUACUGAUUUGAAAAUCACUACAAUAGUCUUAUUAAUGGAAAAAAGAAACAAGUCUUCUUUCUCUUCUAUUUUAUGCCAGAAUCUUGGAAACUGAAAUUAGUUUCUUUUGGCGUAUGCGUGCUCAGGGCAUGUUAUUGUACAACACUACAGCACUAGUGUACAACUACAGCACUAGUAUGCAACACUAGUGCCAUUUUAAAGUUUUUAAGAAAACUCCAUAAUGGGGACAUCAGAGGCACUGAAGAGUUAUAUUGAAUUCUCAGAUGAUUUUUAAUAUAGGUCACAUUUUAGGUUUACUAGAUGCAUCUGAUGGAUCCAACAGGAAGGAGUGUUUUGUGUGCAUCAGUAUGACAUCUUAAAUAGCCUGUACUUCCAUGUUUCUGGUACAAUUGCAUUCAGUUCUCUCUGAUAUAUGCUGUCCUGGGUUUGUUCUUAAAAAAGCAACCAAAAUACCCCAAGCCUGUAUACAUCUGAACUACAUAUUUCUACCUGAAUCUGUAUCAACCUUACUUCUGCAGCACUUUUCAGACCAAAUAUGUUGAUCCUUUUAAGGCUUGACUAGUAAAAUGAACAGCUUGCAAUCUAAGGAUAUACUUUUGAUUUGACAAAAUGGUGAAAUGUAGUUUCUUAUGUUAUUUUUAAAAAUUCAUCAAAUGUCUAUUUUUAAAUAAAACAUUUUGUGUAUUAUAUGCACGGAAAGGAUAUAGUGUUCCAACAUGUUCAUUUAUAUUUAUCUUGUGGCACAACUUGGCUACUGUAUUCAUCUUUGCUUUCAUUUAGUACGUUCUGAUGAAAACUAAAAGCAAGUUCCACGGUUAAGAUCAGUAAGCCCAGCAAACCUUUUUAUUUAAGAUGUCCUCUGUGAGGCUGAUGGAUAUUUGAGCCUGUAUUUUUGUCCUCGGUUCCCAUGACCUCUGUGAGGCUGAGCAACAUCUGAGCCUGUACUUCUGUCAUCUGUUCUCUCUCUGACUUCUCUAGCUAAAAUCACUUGAUAUCUGAAUUAUUUGGGAUUUGUUCUCUGUACUCAGCUUUCAUUGCUGAUCUACAGGUGUUAGUCCUUAACUUCUGCAUUAGGUUCUCUGUUGUAAUGAUUUGCUCUCAUGCCGCCCUGAUUCUGCUUUAGAUAUCCACAGGAGAGGAGUGAAAAUUAAAAUACUGCAUCUGUGAACAGGGAAUAGAAACCAUGCUAAAUGCAUAAAAUUUACUGGACUCAUGGACUGUAAUGUCAUUUCUCCUCUGGAAGGACUUUUAUAUGUUUUUUCUUGGCCAGUUGUAUUUUUGGUUGGUUUAUCACUGGAGCUUACUGUACAUGACAUUGAAUGUGCCUCAUUAAAAAAAGUUCCUGCUAAAAUUCUUUA